GAGCUAUUCAUUUGCGCAAGCCGGCGAGCGCUUCUUUAGAUUUUGAAGAGUAGGAGAGAGAGGCCCUGAAGAAGAAGAAGAAGAAGAACGACCAGAGGCUGUCGUCUUCGUUCUGUAUUCUGUGUGGAGAGAGAGAGACAGAGAUGGAUAUGGAGUGGUGGGUGUCACAGCCGAAGAUCGAACUACACGCUCACCUAAACGGAUCAAUUAGAGAUUCUACAUUGCUUGAACUUGCUAGAGUUCUGGGUGAAAAAGGCGUCCUAGACAUCGCUGGGUUGGAGCAUGUCAUCAAGAAAAAUUGUCGUUCUCUUCCAGAGUGUUUCAAGUUGUUUGAUCUGAUCCAUGUACUCACUACCGAUCAUGCAACUGUAACCAGGAUAACUAAAGAAGUUGUUGAAGACUUCGCUGCUGAGAACAUUGUGUAUUUAGAGCUAAGAACAACACCAAAGAAGAACGAAUCUAUAGGGAUGAGUAAACGCUCUUACAUGGAUGCGGUGAUAAGGGGUUUAAGGACUGUCGAUGCAGUUGAUGUUGCUUUCAUCCCUUCUCAAACAAGCUCCGAGAAUUCGAUAACACCUGUCACCGGUGCAUGUGAAACAACAAGGAAAAAGAUAUACAUUCGUCUUCUUCUCAGCAUUGAUCGUCGUGAAACGACUGCAGCUGCAUUGGAGACUGUUCAACUGGCACUAGAAAUGAGGGAUUUGGGGGUAGUCGGUAUUGAUCUUUCUGGAAAUCCCAUUGUGGGUAAAUGGGAGACAUUCUUGCCAGCACUAAAAUUUGCCAAGGAACAAGGUCUCCUUGUUACUCUUCACUGUGGAGAGGUCCCCAAUAGGAAGGAAAUCCAAGCAAUGCUGGACUUUGUUCCCCAGAGGAUUGGCCACGCCUGUUUCCUUGAAGAAGAAGACUGGGAAAAGUUGAAGUCAUCUAAGAUUCCAGUCGAAAUUUGUUUGACAUCCAACAUCAUGACUCAGACCAUUGCUUCCCUUGAUGAUCAUCAUUUUGUUGAUCUCUACAACAUGAAGCAUCCAUUAGUCUUGUGCACCGACGAUGCAGGGGUGUUUUCCACCAGUCUUUCCCAGGAAUAUAGUAUUGCAGCAUCUUCAUUUGGUAUUGGCAAGUGGGAAAUGUUUCAGCUGGCAAGGGAUGCUAUAGAAUUUGUGUUUGCAGAUGAUACUGUGAAGAAGGAUCUGAGAGAAAUAUUUGAUUCAGCUGAGAGGAAGCUUCGGAUAUGAGUUUAUAUGCAUGCAAAAGCAAUAAGUGGGAUAACAAUUGGCACUUGGAAAUUUAGAAUUUAGAUGCCAUGAAGGACCUGAACAGUUUGAUUUUCUUAGAAAUAUGGCAGAUAUCAUUCUUGUUAUUGAUAGAAUGCUAGCACACUUGUACUGGAUGGAAACUAUAAUUUUCUGAUGAAAUCAAUUCCAUAUAUUGUAGACUA